CUCAGGCUGGCAAAGAUGCUUCUGUAAACAACUGGCUUCCUCUUCUGCGCUGGCAUUUUCCUCCUGUGCUAUGGCUCUACAUGGCCUCGGCAGGGCCAGAACGCAAUAAUCCGAGUCCCAAACAAGAGAAGGGCUUCAGACGUGGGUCGGGCACCCUGCAGGCAGAGAGAGCCCUGCAGCACCGGGCCUGUCACCUCACUCAGCAGCAGGUGAAACCCAUCUGGAAUAUAGAAGGGAAGCACGUGAGUACUUUCCAGGAUCACAGCCUGCUGCUCUCAGGGAUCACUCCACAGCAUUCUUGCUUCUUGUACCCGCCAUCGUUAUGCGAUACGCAGCCUGGUGAAAGCACUCUCCCAAGCCUGCCGUUGGCCCAGCUCUGCCCGGACCUCAGUGGGAGCGCUCUGCUCUAUCGGCGCUGCUGCCUCAGAUCCAAGCCCUACAGGUUUCCUUUCCGAAGCUCCCAGGAUGCCAGCUCUGCCACAGGAAGAGUGAUGUCCUCCUUGCUGAUGGAGCCCUGCCUGUUGCCUGCACUGUCUGAGGAGCGCUCUGGGCCUGAGCCAAAAGGGUCUGCCCUUGGUUCAGGUAAGCAGGUUUCCAGCUCACGUAGACCAGUGCUCAAUAACAACUCCUUCCUACGGCCAAGCAAUACUCAAGUGCCUUUGCUGCAGUCACUAGAGGUCAAGAAACUGAAGAACACCUGCAGCUUUCCUGCUGUCUCCUGGCCCCACUCUGGGGACCGUGGGAACUGCUCCGCUGGCAGCCUUGUGAACAGAGCAGUGAAAAGCAGCAACCUUGUUCUGGAGCAAACCACCAUCCCCUCCCGGACCCCUGUGCCCAGCCAUGUGAUCCUCAGGAAAGACCGUUGCUCUUGGCCAUUGGAGGAUACUGAAAAGAGCUUAAAGGACAAGAGGCCAGAGAUCAGCCUCACAGAGACUGUGCAGAGGCUAGCUGGACAGGUUACUGUGAGCAACAGCUUUGGUCGUGAAGCCAGAAGCUCUCGCCUCAUGAGCACGGGCAGCCUGCCCAACAGGAAGAGCCGGUGGGGGCAACAUGUUGUAGCACAACUCACCCCGAAAGAAACCAUUGCCCCCCUGAACCUGGAGAUGGGUAGCCAUUGCCUUAAUGGUAACUCGAGCCUUAUAGGCACCGGUGGUGCCGUCGUCUGCACUAAACGGAUCAGCGUUCAUCUCUUAGCCUCAUGCCCUGGCUCCCCCGACCGCAGCACUGACUGCCGGCUUAUGAACACAUUGACCUUGCGCAGUGGAGACCAGGCAGCGAGAGCAGAGCCUCCACACCUUGCUGCUGUCUCUGAAGUAGCAACUCAGAUAUCCACCAUCCAACUGGAGAAAGAAGGAAAAUGCUCCCAGGCCGUGCUUCCAGGAAAGCUUGCUGUCGCUGCUGGGCAGUUGCCGCUGGAGCUGAGCCGUCCCGAGGAGGGUGCAGAGGAAGAACUUCCUGAUGGCUUGGGUGAGAACUGCAGUCAGGAGGAGGAAGAAGACGACAGUGAGUCGGACGCUUCCUCUGUUGCUGGUCUGUCGCCUAAUGGCUCUGUGGCUCUAAUUUCCAGGAACUGCAUCAAGUGCCUGACCCCACCAGCUGAGGCUCAGGAGCAGAUGCUCAAACCAGCUCUUGUCUGCAGUUUAUUCCCUAAUGUGCCUCCAACCAUCUACUUCAGUACUCGGAAUGAGAGAGUGGAAAAGCUGCCCUGGGAGCAGAGGAAGCUGCUGCGAUGGAAAAUGAGCACAGUCACACCAAACAUAGUGAAGCAAACCAUUAGCAGGUCCCACUUCAGAGUCAGCAAGAAAAGCAAUGACUGGCUGGGCUGCUGGGGCCACCACAUGAAAUCACCCAGCUUUCGAGCCAUCAGGGAGCACCAGAAGCUAAACCACUUCCCUGGUUCAUUUCAAAUUGGGAGAAAGGACCGUCUGUGGCGCAACCUGUUGAAGAUGCAGACUCGCUAUGGGAAGAAGGAGUUUAACUUUUUCCCCCAGUCCUUCAUCCUGCCCCAGGACAUAAAGCUGCUGAGGAAGGCAUGGGAGGAGGGAGCAAGCCGCCAGAAAUGGAUUGUGAAACCACCGGCGUCAGCGAGAGGCAUUGGCAUCCAGGUCAUCCACAAAUGGAGCCAGCUCCCCAAAAGGAGACCGCUGCUGGUGCAGAGGUAUCUGCACAAACCCUACCUCAUUGGCGGGAGCAAGUUUGACCUGAGGAUAUAUGUUUAUGUCACUUGCUAUGAUCCCCUCAGGGUCUACCUGUUCAAGGAUGGAUUGGUUCGCUUUGCUAGCUGCAAGUACUCCUCCUCAAUGAAGAGCCUCAGCAACAAGUUCAUGCACUUGACCAACUACAGUGUGAACAAGAAGAAUACAGAGUACAAGUCCAACUCGGAUGAGACUGCUUGUCAGGGACACAAAUGGGCUCUCAAAGCACUCUGGAGUUACCUGACCCAGAAGGGAGUUAAUAGUGAGGCCAUCUGGGAGAAGAUUAAAGACAUCGUAAUUAAAACCAUCAUUGCAUCUGAGCCCUAUGUGAACAGCCUGGUGAAGAUGUAUGUGCGGCGCCCGUAUUGUUGCCAUGAGCUGUUUGGGUUUGAUAUCAUGCUGGACGAAAAUCUCAAGCCCUGGAUCUUAGAGGUCAACAUUUCCCCCAGCCUUCACUCAAACUCCCCUCUGGACGUGAGCAUCAAGGGCCAGAUGAUCCGGGACCUCCUCAACCUCGCUGGCUUCGUUCUGCCCAGCAUGGACAACGUAGCCUCAAGGCCAGGAACUGGAAGCAACUCCACCCCCAGUCUGGUCAGUGCUGUGAAGCAGAAGCCCAAGCCAGCCUCUGAGCUUUUCACAGCAGAGAAGAUGAAGAGAGCAUAUUACUUGACACAGAAGGUACCUGACCAGGAUUUUUAUUCUUCUGUCCUGGACUUCCUGACCCCAGAUGAUGUUCGCAUCCUGGUGGAGAUAGAAGACGAGUAUUCUCGGCGCGGGCAGUUUGAGCGGGUGUUCCCCACCCACAUCUCCAUGCGCUACCUGCGCUUCUUUGAGCAGCCUCGUUACUUCAACAUUCUGGCGACCCAGUGGGAGCUCAAAUACUACUUGAAUAAACACAAAGGUCUGGAGCUAUUGAGGAACUGGUGUGUCAAAGGCUACCACACUGGGGGAGGGACAGAUUUGGCCCAGAUGUGGUCAUUGCCAAAGUCUUUCUUCCUCCAGAAAAGCAACAUUCAAUCAAAUGGUUUCAGCAAACUGGAACUGGGCAGACUGGGCAAACUCCUCCCUUCAAGAGAAGAUGAGGACCCCGCAAGAAGCCUGGAGCCCAGCCCUACACAAAGUUUACCUCUCAACAAGUGCACUGGUGGAGCUGGCCAGAAACCUGCUGGCUGCCUCUCAGACACUACCCUGGUGAUGUGAUUAGGCAGCCACUGUCCCUCCUUGGGGACACCUGAACCUACCUCAAAGGAAGAGAGAGGAGCUGGCUCCAGAGACCAAGGACUGUGGGAGCCCCUUGCACUGCCCACUUGCUUGUGGGAUGUUUUUAGAGAGGGAUGUUUUACUAGGCAAAGGGGAGAGCUGUUCAGCUUCAGAUUUUUAAAACAAAAGAAAUCUCCAAAUGGCAAAGCCUGGGGAAGUCUGAUUUGUCUGGCCUUUGUCUUAGGCUUUUGUUAAAGCCUGAUGUGGUGGCAGCUUCUCUGCUGCGUGGGAGCUGGCUGAGCUUGGAGUCAGCCCGGCCUUCCCUUUCGCAACCAGCAUGGGCUGAGCCCUUGCUUGCCUGUGUCACCCUGCACUAGUCCUUAGCUGCUAGGAGCCCAGCAGAGCUGAAUCUUCUCUGGCCUCAGUGCAGCCUGGCCCCAGGGGAGAGACCGGUAGCCCCAGGAGAAAAAAGCUACCCCAGUUCCCCUGCCACUGCUCAGCUCCUCUGGGAGGAGUGGGGUUUGAGACUUUUAACUGACCUGUUUUAUCUUUUCAGAAAGCCUGUGCCAAGAUCCUUCCCUGCUGCCCUCCCCCAGCCUCGGAGCCUGGAGAAAGCCUCAGGCUUAUGCGUCACCACUGCUUGCCUGCAAAGAGAAGCCGCAAAUUCUAGUGCGGCCUACUGUGUGUAGUGGGGCCAGUACAGCUGCCAGGAAGGGGGCAUCCUCUCAAAGCUCUUGGCUUUUCUGGGUAAUCCUGCAGUGUGUGCACAGGGGCCGCAGGCUGGUGCUGCUGUUGUGGGCUCUGAUCUGUUUUCCCUUUGUUUCUCGAAGAUCUCCAUUAAAGUUUAGCACUCUCCGCUGC